AUGGCGGCCGAAGCUUCUGGGAAGAAGAAUAAAAAUAUCGGUACUGGUUAUGCCAGCGAUGAUUCCCAACGAUCAGGGGCAUCUAUCAGCAAUGAAACAAUUGGAAACGAUGCACAAGAAGUUCAAAAAGUAGACUUCUCACACAAAGAAGUUCUAUCAUCACGCAAGACGGAAGAAUCUCACAUUCGUAUGCCGCACAAUCUCGAGAAUGGUCGACAUGCCGAGUCCGAAGACGAACAGGACCCCUAUGGGCAUCUCCCACCUCACCAAGCGAACAUCCUCAAGCGCCAAGUCGUCACUCCGAAGGUUCAACAAGGCAUAAAAGUCAUCUACUGCUAUAUUACGCGUAAUGAUGCCAUAAUCAUUGGCAUCUCUUCCAUUUUCGCGGUAGCAUCAGGUGCCACCAUGCCACUCAUGAAUAUCGUCUUUGGCCAACUUCAAAAUUCUUUUCAGGGCUAUUCAAACGACAGAGACGGCGCCCAACCUCUUACAUAUAGCGACUUCACUAACCAGAUAACCAAGUUUGUGCUAUAUUUUAUUUAUCUUGCCAUCGCCAAAAUCCGAGAGCAUUAUCUCGCAAGUUGCUUACGACAAAACAUCGCCUUCUUUGAUAACCUGGGGGCGGGCGAGGUGACCACCAGAAUCACUGCUGAAACUAGCCUCAUACAAGAUGGCAUAUCUGAAAAGGUUUCGCUGACUAUUGCCGCCGUCGCUACCUUUAUCACUGCCUAUGUUGUGGGUUUCAUCAUGUAUUGGAAACUCACUCUGAUCCUAUCUUGUUGCCUCUUUGCUCUAUUUUUGACUACCAGUAUCGGCUCCAGCUUUAUGCUUAAGAACAACAAGGUCUCUCUUGACGCCUACGCCCAAGGUGGUAGUCUAGCCGAAGAAGUGAUCAGCUCAAUCCGCAAUGCUAUCGCCUUCGGUACACAAGACCGAUUAGCCAGGAAAUAUGGCGAAUAUCUAGACAAAGGAGCCAAAUAUGGCUAUAAGAUGCAGAAGUCGAUGGCCUUCAUGUCAGCUACGAUGUGGCUUAUCCUCUAUCUCACCUACGGUCUAGCGUUCUGGCAGGGAAGCAGCUACGUUUUGGAUGAAGUCAUUCCUUUAUCCAAGCUUCUAAUCGUUGUAUUUUCUAUCAUUGUCGGCUCCUUUUCUCUAGUAAAUGUCAUGCCGCAUAUCCAAGCCUUUACAACGGCUAUUGCGGCUGUGGGAAAUAUCGCAAACACCAUCAACCGCCCGUCGCCUAUCGAUCCAAUGAAGGAUGAAGGCGAGAAAUUAGAUCAUGUGAAAGGUAAUCUUUACUUUAAGAAUGUCCAGCACAUUUACCCAUCGCGCCCCGAAAUGAUAGUAAUGGAAAAUGUAAGCCUCAAGAUCCCAGCCGGUAAGGUUACCGCUUUAGUCGGUGCGUCGGGCUCCGGAAAGAGCACUUUCAUCGGUUUAAUCGAGAGAUUCUACGAGCCCGUCGGCGGUACGAUAUACCUCGAUGGUCACAAUAUCAGCCAGCUGAACUUGAGAUGGCUCCGUCAACAAGUGGCAUUAGUCAGUCAGGAGCCGACUCUUUUCAGCACUUCUAUCUACCAGAAUAUCCGCUAUGGUCUUAUUGGCACCAAGUUCGAAUACGAAACAAAACAAAAGCAACGGCAGCUUAUUAUCGAGGCAUCAAAAAAGGCAAAUGUACAUGAAUUCGUGAUGAGACUGCCCGAGGGCUACGAGACGAAUGUGGGUGAGAAGGGAUUCCUCCUUUCUGGUGGCCAAAAGCAACGCAUUGCCAUUGCUAGAGCCAUCGUAUCAGACCCUAAAAUCUUGUUACUUGACGAGGCCACUUCUGCGCUCGACACAAAAUCCGAGAGUGCUGUACAGGCUGCCCUCGAAGUGGCUGCGGCCGGCCGCACCACCAUCAUUAUUGCGCACCGGCUAUCGACUAUCAAGGAUGCCCACAACAUUGUCGUCAUGUCUCAUGGCCGUAUCAUCGAGCAGGGCACUCACGUUGAGUUAAUCAACAGCAAAGGCCAUUAUUUUGAUCUCGUGUCAGCACAAGACAUACUUGGGACUGACGCUUUAACGAUUGAUACUCAAGAGCAGCAGCUGGGUGAAAAAGAACAGCGCCUUAUUCGCGACAUUCCAACUGAUUUUGGAGGCGACAUCAAGAUGCAUCAUGUGGAGUCACCCACGACGGAGGCCUCACAAAAGGCGGAUUCGAAUCAUGAAAUAGGGAAAGGCUACAGCCUAUGGACCUUGAUAGCCCUCAUCAAGUCAUUCAAUGAUCCAGAAUGGAAGAUUAUGAUUACAGGGAUAGUUUUCUCAAUCAUAUGUGGCGCCACUUAUCCCGUGAUGUCAGUCUUCUUUGCUAAAGAGAUUUCCACACUAUCACAUCCUAUAAAUGACCAAAACAGGGCCGCACUAAAAAGAAGUUCUGACUUCUGGAGUGCCAUGCUCUUGAUGAUUGCGGUUGUCCAGUUUAUCGCUUAUGCACUACAAGGUGCCGCAUUUGGCUUCUGCUCUGAGAAAUUGAUCCGCCGUGUGAGAGAACGCGCAUUCCGUACUAUCUUGCGACAAGAUGUUGCCUUUUUUGAUAAGGACGAAAAUACGUCUGGAUCUCUCACAGCGUUCUUAUCCACAGAGACGACACACGUAGCCGGCCUCAGUGGCGUUACACUGGGAACAUUGACCAUGAUGAUGGCGACCCUUAUAAUUGGCGUAGUUAUGUCACUAGCUGUUGGCUGGAAACUGUCUCUGGUUUGCCUAUCUGCUACACCAGUUCUUCUUGCUUGUGGAUUUUAUCGCUUUUGGAUACUAGCGCAGUUCCAGCAGCGUUCAAAAGCUGAAUAUGCGGCGUCGGCAUCUUUUGCAUCCGAAGCGGUGUCUUCGAUACGCACUGUCGCCUCUCUUACACGCGAGGUUGGUGUGCUUAACGAAUAUAAAGAAGCACUUAGGGCACAGCGGCGUAGGAGCCUUGUAUCGGUUAUUAAAUCCAGUGUUCUCUAUGCCGCAUCACAAAGUCUAAUUUUCCUUUGCCUUGCUUUGGGCUUCUGGUACGGCGGUACGCUGAUUGGAAAGGGGGAUUAUAACGAGUUCCAAUUCUUUUUGUGUCUCACGACGGUCAUCUUUGGAUCACAGUCAGCCGGAACUAUCUUCUCCUUCGCUCCCAACAUGAGUAACGCACACCGAGCCGCAACGGAACUCAAGACAUUGUUCGAUCGGCAACCAACAAUUGAUACCUGGUCUGCCGAGGGAGAACGACUUGAAAAGGUCGAGGGAAAGAUUGAGUUUCGUCAAGUAUAUUUACGCUAUCCAGAACGACCGGAGCAGCUGGUCCUUCGAGGUCUCAAUCUCUAUAUCCAACCAGGCCAAUAUAUCGCCCUUGUAGGGAGCUCUGGCUGCGGUAAGAGCACCGCAAUCAGUCUUUUAGAACGUUUCUAUGACCCUACCGCCGGAGAGGUUUAUAUCGAUGGUAAGGAUAUUAGUACACUAAAUAUCGCAGAUUACCGGUCUUUCAUCUCUCUCGUGAGUCAGGAACCGACGCUGUAUCAAGGCACGAUUAAAGACAAUAUUACUCUAGGCAGCGCUUGUAGUGAUGUGUCUGAUGAGGCUGUUGAGUUUGCCUGCCGCGAGGCUAAUAUCUACGAUUUCAUCAUAUCUCUUCCGGAUGGCUUUAACACCGUUGUUGGAAGUAAAGGUGUCUUACUAUCCGGAGGCCAAAAGCAGCGUAUUGCUAUUGCCCGCGCCUUAAUUCGCGACCCCAAAAUUCUGUUAUUAGAUGAGGCGACAUCAGCCUUAGACUCCGAGUCUGAGAGAUUAGUACAAGCGGCACUAGAUAAUGCGGCCAAGGGUCGAACAACUAUCGCAGUAGCUCAUCGGUUGAGUACUAUCCAGAGGGCAGACCGUAUCUAUGUAUUCGACAUGGGAAGGGUUAUCGAAGAGGGGACGCAUGCCGAUUUAAUGAAGAAAAAUGGGCGGUAUUCUGAGCUUGUUAACCUACAAAGCCUUACAAAUGAUGCUUAG